CUCUCUCUCAUCAGAUUUUUCCACACUCCAAUUUCUUUCUUUCUUUUAUAAAACCUUCUAUUUCAACUACUUCGUCUUCAACACUCUCUUUCUUUCUUUCUCUCUCUCUCUCUCUCUCUCUCUCUCUCUCUGAGUUUUUCUGUGAUUGUGUGUUUUCGAUUAGGAUGCCACAAGUUGAUUUGGAAAUCCUAGUUUCAGCCUGCGCCGGCGGAUCUGAUCGGAGAAUCGCCUGCGAAACUCUCGCCGACGGAGAUCAUCACAAGCCGGACCAGCCAGAUCAAGAAGAUGUUCCUCCGGAUUUCCCGCCGGAAUCGUUCUGGCUCUCCAAAGACGCCGAGUUCGACUGGGUCGACCAGCGCGCCUUCUACGAGCGGAAAGACUCGGCCAAAGGAAGCGUUAGUUCGACGAACUUGAAUCCGAAUCUGAACCCGAGCUCCAACUCCAACUCUCAGCGGUUCUCUCGGAACUUGAAGUCCAAGGCUUCGAUUAUCGGCUUGCCCAAGACUCAGAAGUCUUGUUUCGUCGAUGCGAAGAACCGCCGGAACGGCAAACCCGGCAAACCUGGAAACACUCGGUUGUUUCCGAAACGGUCCGGAUCCGUCGGAAAAUCGGAGGCUCCGCUGGUGGAACCGUCGUCGCCGAAGGUUUCCUGUAUCGGAAGGGUGAGAUCGAAGCGAGAUCGGCAUCGCAGAAUGAAGAGUCGGCAGAUGUCCUCUGGACGGGAGCCGGAGAAAGAGAAACCGGCCCCGAAACGAAAAACCGGGUUGUUCGCCACUGUUCGGGCUAUUUUCCGGUCCCGUACCCGAGAAAAGAGGGUGUCUAGGAUCAGCGCGCCGAAAACUGAAUCGCCUCCGAGAUUUAGCGCCACGAUUGGACCGCGUGGCAGCACGGCGUCCGAUAUUGACGCGUCAUUUGCCGAGUCGCUUCCGAGAAAGAGCGUUUCGGAGAUUGAACCACCCGGUUUGGGAGGCAUGAAUCGGUUCGCAUCCGGUAGGAGGUCCGACUCGUGGGCCGGCGACCUUGCUUGAUCCGAUUCGUCGGCUAAUUUCGUUCGGCGACAGCGAGCGGUGUGGGCUCCAGACAUGCAAGUUGGUAGGGUCGCGAUUGCCGAUUGGAAGUCUUCAGUAGGGCCUGCUUCAUUUCUGAUUGGCCGUUGGAUGACGAGGCACGUUGAAAUAACGGUUUCCCCCCCUCCAAGGGUGAAAGGUGAUUAAUAGUUACCAGAGUUUUAUACACGUUUUUAAUUUUUUUUUUUUCUUUUGUUUUUCUUUUUUAGGAUAAGAUUUUGUAAAUAUGUACGAGUGUUCUGGAAUUAGCAGCUGUAAAUUUUUCUUUUUUGUGCUAGUUUUAUAUAAUAAAAUUUCAAUUAAUCUGAA